AUGACGGUUUCCAAGUCUCUCGUGCUGAUUACCAUAUUGGCUUUGGUCAUUUCCUUUGUCAAAGCUUAUGAUCCAAGUCCACUCCAAGAUUUCUGUGUCGCCAUUGAUGACCCCAAAGAUGGUGUUUUCGUGAAUGGUAAGUUCUGUAAGGAUCCGAAGCAAGCGAAGGCAGACGACUUCUUUUUCCCAGGCCUCAAUAUGGCUGGAAGCACUGAUAACAAAGUCAGAUCCAACGUGACAACGGUCAAUGUCGAGCAGAUCCCAGGGCUAAACACAAUGGGAAUAUCCUUGGUUCGCAUAGACUAUGCGCCAUAUGGCCAAAACCCACCUCACACGCACCCUCGUGCCAGCGAGAUCCUUGUCCUUUUAGAAGGAACACUAUACGUCGGUUUUGUUUCUUCCAAUCAAGAUAACAAUCGUCUAUUCGCAAAGAUUUUGCAGCCAGGCGAUGUUUUUGUGUUUCCCAUAGGAAUGAUACAUUUUCAGGUGAAUGUUGGGAAAACCCCUGCGGUGGCGUUUGCUGGACUGAGCAGUCAGAACGCUGGUGUUAUCACAAUCGCGGAUACUGUGUUUGGCUCGAACCCUCCAAUUAAUCCAGAUUUUCUGGCUAUGGCGUUCCAGUUGGAUGUCAAUAUUGUCAAAGACCUUGAGGCCAAGUUCAAGAACUGA